AUGACUACUCACUGCCCGCAUUCCCACCCCGCCCACCCACCUGCCCUGCCCCGCAUCAUUCCAGCCGGGGGCCACCAACAGAUCCUUCUCUCUCCUGUGUUUUCCCAUCACCGCUGCUCCCCUCUGCAGCUCCUCGGCGCGCUCCCCGAAGCCCCCACAGCUUCCACUGUGACUGGUCUCCAGUCUGAGGGCUGGAAAGCCCUGGGUCUGUCCUCCACUCCUCCCAAUACGCUCACGUCUUCUCUUUCUUCUGCCCCUUCUGACUCUUUUCCUCCAUCCUCAACCCACACGAGCAGCUGGUCCCACCUCCUGGAGAACUCAGAGCCUGUUUCCAGGAGGCCCAAAACCCGGUCUCCUCUGCGGACUCUGGGUGUGCGCUCCUCACCCGCCCCACCAGUCUACCCUCUGCCCCUGAGUCAGCCCCCUGGCAGACUGAAUGGAUGCCCCCCAAAACCCAAGCCCCACUCUCUCAGCCCGCCCUGUCUCCUAAGUUUCUCCAUUCGAAACGCUGACGACCCGGGGCUGACCACUGCGGGACAGAAAAAGCAGAAAAUAGACACGACACCUUCCUCCUCUGGAUUUGUCCCCUCUUGGAGACCUCCUGUUCCCCCUCGAGUAGAAAGCACCCCCUCUGCUGACACAGAGGUCCACCGACAGCUCAGCACCCUGAACGAAGAGGACACACUCUCUACAUCUGCUGAGCACAAAACCCCUGCUGUCCAAAAGUUUGGAGUGGAAGUAGUCAAAACAUCACCCGGACUUCAGAGCAUGGCCUCACUCCUGUCUACUAGUCCUCAAACGUCUUUAGAAACAGGAUCAAACCUUGCAGACAUCAGCCAAAUACCAAAGGAUACACUAAUGUACAGACGAACACUAGAUAUUUAUGACGACGUGUCCCAAGAAUUUUGGGGUUUGCCCUGCAGAAUGUGGCACACAGUUCCAGAAUUACCAAUUUUGUUGAGUGUUAGGAAGAGAUAUGAUUUGGUUGAUGCUGAACAAGAGAUGGGAAAGCCUUUCAAAGAUUGUACUAUUGUGUGGGAGGAGUUACCGAGAUCAUCUACAGAGAAUUGUGGAACGUCUGGAAUGUCCAUAGAGUGGGAGGAACUUCCAAAGAGAGUCUUGGCUGAAACUUCUGAAGAGUUAUCCAGAAAUGAGAUGGAUAUCUUCAAGAAAGAUCCUCAAGAGGAGUCAAGUCCUGUCCAAAUCUCUACUGUUGUCCCUGCGCUCAGCACAGAACAAUCAUAUGACGGGACAAAUGGUGUCUAUGCAGUUCACAAACUAGUAGAAAAAACUAGUGAACCUGAAAAAGAAAAGCUUGAGAUAGCAGAAACAAAGAUGAACUUGGUGGAUAUGACUGAACCAGGAUGGGAGGUUUUGGAAGCAGAGGGAAUGAUACCAGAGAAGCAGACUGAAACCCCAUCUCCCCAUCUUCUUAAGUCAAUUGUAGAUGUUUUUCAGAAAGGUUAUGACUCAGUAGCUACUAUGUUGGGGCCAGCUAGCCCUACUUUUGCAGAGGAUGAUCAGCACUUGAAGACCACCUCAUCUGUGAGUCUGCAGGACAGGACUCAGUCUGCUCAUAGCAAAGUCAAAGCCAUGCCCAGAGUUUCUUCAGAUAUGCAAUUUAUGAACACUGAUAAGAAAGAAAGGGCUUCUCAGGAAACUGCCUGGGACUUGCUCGAUAAGAGAUCAUGUUCAGUCCCUUUGGCCAUGCAAGAUGAUGCCUUCCCAGUUUGGGCAAGAUUUAAGAAAUGGCCACCUCUGACUGCUGAGGAUAUACCCAAUGAGAGUUUUGAAGAGGCCGAGAAAAAGCCGGAGAAGGUUCCAGAAUCUAACAAAGAGCAAGACUCAGUUUUCUCCUUGGAGAGUGAAGGAUGGUUAGUAAAGCAGUUGACUGAGGCAGCAGAACGGGAUGAAGAUCAAACAGUAAUGACUUCGAGUGAGCAGGACACAGGCCCACCACAAAGUGGCACUGCUCUUCAAUCAGCCCCCAAUGAAGACGAUCUAAUUGAAGCAGCCACAAAAGAUAAAAAACCUAAAAGAAGAAUUUUAAAGAUCCCAAAGAGAAUAAGUGAUCAAUCCAAAGUGUUCUCGCCUGUUUGGCCAUCCAAAAAGAAGGGAGGAAGCAUUUCUGCAAAUGAUGCCAAGAAAGAUGAACCCAAAAAUGAAGAAAUUGCUCAAACCGCCAAAGCAAUGACGGAUAGUACUAACUCUGAGAAUCUUGAGCAAGGAGACCUGCCAGUGAACUCAGACGUAACUUCUUCCACCAAAAUUGACAAGUCUUUUAAUGCAACCCCUCAUCAGGUUGAGAAGCUGCCAUUGCCCGUCCCAAUGCCACGGGAGAAGAAUAAACGUCUCAGUGCUUCUUUCGCAAGCGACACAGAAACGGAAGACGCAAAGUCCACAAACACCGAAACCGCUAAGAUGGAUGACCCAACUCAAAUCAGCAAAGAACCCUGUGAAGAUCCAGUUUCUCCCGCGUCCAGUGUGAUUUCUGAUGUGACUUUUGACGUACCAAGAGAGGAUGAUGCUAACACGGAUGGCACUUCUCAAAUCAGCAAAGAAACUUGUGACAAUCCAGUUUCUCUCGCAUCCAGUGUGAUUUCUGAUGCAAGUUUUGACGUCUCAAGAGAGGAUGAUGCUGGGUCUGAUAUUGAGUUCAUCCAGACAGGUAGCCUCGAUGACGGAGAGGAGGAAAUGAUCAGAAGUUGGACAUUUACAGAUAAGCAAGGCACGAAGACAGGUUCUCAAGUAGCGCUGCUAGAAGACACAGAUGAUAUUCCAGACCUCUCUAGGUCUACUUCUACUAUCUCAUCAGCUCAAGACGAUUGGCUCCACGUGGGCGACAGCAAAAGCAGCGACGCUAUGGAAGUAGAAGCCAAAACGGAAGACUUGGAAGGUGGCUUUGAGGCUGUAGAUGUGACGUCUGGUUGUGUAGAGGAGGACAGGUCAAAAGCGCCGCGCAGAGCUGUGCCUCGGGGGAAGAAGCGCGUCAGUGGGUCGCAUCUGGAUGACGCCAAAUCCAGUGUUGUCCAAGCAAACGAAGCGAUCACUCCUCAGAAAAAGAUGGCCGAUGAAACGGUCUCUGCUGAACUCAUGACCAGCCCGGGUUUAGUGACAUCCACACAGUCUCUUUUGGAAUGGUGUCAGGAAGUUACCCUAAACUACCACGGAGUGAAGAUCACCAACUUCAGCACGUCGUGGAGAAACGGCUUGGCUUUUUGUGCUAUUCUCCACCACUUUCAUCCCAACUCGAUCACUUAUGAAAAACUGGACCCGUAUGACAUCCAGCUAAACAAUAAAAAGGCUUUUGACGGCUUCGCGGAGCUGGGCAUCUCUCGCCUGAUGGAGCCCUCUGAUAUGGUGAUGCUCUCUGUUCCGGACCGACUUAUCGUAAUGACGUACUUGAGCCAGAUUCGCACUCACUUCAUGGGACAGGAGCUCAGCGUUCUGCACAUAGAGAAGGACAGCAGUGACUCCAGCUACGCGGUGGGCUCCAGGACCACUCCAGAGGACCCAGAGGCAGCUGUUCGAUACUGCACCGAGCGGCUACAAGAGGGGGGCAUAAGUUUAGAGAACAAUGGAGCUGCGAUGGAGAAGGAGGUGAAGAGCGACGUCGUUACACCUCAGAGGCAGAAGAAGCAGCAGAGCGCUGGCGGGACGCAGUCACCAGUGGCUCCUCCACGGACUCACUUUCUGUCCAAGUCCACUUUCUCUCACAUCAAAGACGCAGACCUGGUCAAGAAGAGGCGCUCACAGCGAAGGAGCAGCUCAGUGGAUGAGGGGGAAUCUGCAGCGGCUGCUACAGGACACGACGACAGUUCACUCACCCGAAGCACCUCAGAAACCGAACGGACAGACAGCCUCCAAGAGGAAACAAGACUCGAGGGCCAGGACACAAAUCAGUAUGUGCUGAAUCAGAUGGAGGCGCUGGAGGCCGAGCAGAACCACGUGGACAACAGAGCAGGUGUGGUCGAGAGGAACCUCCGACAGCUCAUGGAAACAGGCAGUGACAAAGUGGAGGAGGAGCGGUUGAUCCAGGAGUGGUUCACUCUGGUGAACAAAAAGAAUGCUCUGAUACGGAGACAGGACCACCUGCAGCUGCUGCUGGAAGAACAAGACUUAGAGACCAGAUUUGAGCUGUUGAAGAAGGAACUGCAAGACAUCAUGGCAACAGAAGAGUGGCAGAAAACUCCAGACCACAAGCACCGGGAGCAGCUGCUUCUGCAAGAGCUGGUGUCUCUUGUGAAUCAGAGGGACAAGCUGGUGCAGAACAUGGACGCCAAGGAGCGAGGCGCCCUGGAAGAGGACGAGCGUCUGGAGCGAGGCCUGGAGCAGAGACGUAGAAAGUACUCCAAACAGCAGAAGGACAAGUGUGUGAUGCAGUGA